GUCUGCUCUCUGGAAGGAGGAGAGCCGACUGCAGUGUUGUUAGUUUGAACAAAAUGGCUGCGAGACCACUGUCAACGAGAGCUCACUGAACGCCUACCAUGACUGUCCGCUCCGCUGUCUGGAUCCACACAGAAUGUAUUUCCCCGGAGUCGUUUCUCACUUUGCAUUCGCGGUAGCCAGCCCGUCGCUAGUCGUCCAGCUGGCGACCUAAACAAAAACAUUUCUUUUUGCACUUUAAAACAAGUUGGCUGGCUGGCUGGCUGACGGCCGUCGGCUUGCUCUUCUACGCGAGAAUUAAUCGGCGAUUUUUAACGAAAAACUGCCUGAUUUCUCCGGUUUGAAAAACCUCGCAACGGUCGACGACUUACAACGUCUACCAGCUGACGUCAGCUUGCGUUAUUUAGCUGCUUUUAAAAGUCAUUUUAUUCGUUUUUUUUUUGUUUUUGUUGUUAGUGGUGCUUCCCCUCCCCGCCCCCCGUUAUAUUGUGACGUUUUAACAAACUGUUUUUUGGCGAGUGUAAUUUCACGGCAUAUUUUAUUUUAUUUGUUGCUGAAAGCAUACAUUACCGUAUUUGCUGUGUGUAUAUCUGGCUGAGUAGCCGUUGUUUACCUCGGUAUUUUGUCACCAAGCUGCUCCAGCAGCAGUCGGCUUAUCUGCCAAGUCUGACUUUAAUUGCGACUGAAUCUCUGCUCCAUCUCUUUACGGGUAACUUUUUUAGAAAAGACAUUGGAGAAUGCUUUUCUGCAUAUUUUUUCUGCCAUGCACCGACUCUUCACUGAAAGCUGCCAAAGCUGUGGUUAACGCAAGCAGCUGAGAGAAGUUAGCGACAGAAGAAAGAGAACCAUUUGAUGGAAGAAAAGAAAAAGAAAAAACAAGAAGAAAAGACCAAGACGGACGUUGCUCAGAAAAAGGCUGCUGAUCAGAAACCCAAAGUGCCAGAGCCUGCUCCCACUAAGCCCAGUCCCGGCCCACCCCACCACCUCCACCCCGCCAGCCCUACGCUGCCCCUCUCCUCCUCUUCUUCUUCUGGCAAUGGCAAGCGCGCCUCCUCCAGUAGCCAACUCCCGACUCAGACUCCCCCUCAGCAGCAGUGCCAGUUGUCCUCUGCCAGUGCUCGCUACCCGCCCAGAGAGGUGCCCCCGCGCUUCCGCCAGCAGGAGCACAAGCAGCUACUGAAGAGAGGCCAGCCACUGCCUGCAGGAGCUCUCAGCGCUCUCACCCUCUCCUGUUCCUCUUCCUCCUCCUCUUCGCCCUCAUCUUACUCUUCUUCUUCUACGACUACCAGCAGCACUUCCCCAAAUUCUGCCACGUCCACUACGGGCAAACGCCACCAAGACAUAUCCCUUCAGAGUGGCUCGGUUGCCCAGUAUGAGACCUCUCACUGGGGAGCCUCUUUGCCAAUUGACAGCUCCUCCAGUGCCAACAGCUGGGACAAAGUGAUUAUUGACGGAAGUGACACAGAAGCUUGGCCCUCCAUCAGCCGCAGUAGUGACCCCAGCCACCCCGCAGCACCAGAAUGCCCCUUGGGCUCAGCUAGUUCUGACGCGGACACGAGUGCUGUCACUACCACCAGUAGUAGUAGUUUUCUGAGUAUGGCCACAGGUGCCGCAGGCCAGCAGGCCCACUACCCCUCUCUUAAAGCAAACAAUAACAUGAUGACGGGACCUGGGUCAGCCAACACAUGUGGUAAUAGAGGCUGGGGCCCCGAUGGGAAGCAAGAUGGAAUGAAUGGUGGCCGAGUAGGAGCACCCAAUAACUGGGGCUCUCCCAACUUUAACUUGAACCUCAAUCCCAAUGCCAACCCAUCAGCCUGGCCUGUCCUUGGCCAUGAGAGUGGUGGAGGUUGUGGUAUUGGCCCCAAUACGGUGUCAAACUCCCCAUCCCUCCCACCAGGUAUUAAUGGCAAUGGAAACAUGGGAAACGGGAGCAUGGGAGGUGCGGAUAAUGGUGGAGGAGGUUGGGGUGGCAUGAUGAGUGCUAACGAAAAUGAUCAACAGCACCCAUCAACCAACACAAGCUUAUCCUUCAAAAUGGAACCUUCUAACCUUAACACUGAUGGACCAAACCACACUAAGCAGCAGCAAGCUCAGGAGCCUAUGAGCCCUAUCCAUGGGUUAACUGGCUGGGGAGGCCAGUCACCCACUGAAUCAUCCCAGCUUAAUGGGGACACAACAGGCAGCUCUGUAUGGGGUAGUGGAGAAACCAAGGCAGCUGACUCUCCCAAGGACUCAGGCUGGGACUCAUCUCCCUCUGGAGGCCUUUCUGCCUGGGGCCGCCAAGGCAGUGGUGGUGGGAGUAGUGGAAGUGGUGGUUGGGGAGACUGGGGAAAAUCCUCUGGUGGCGGCGGCGAUGCACCUAAAGGUUGGGACUCAGUGGACGCUGGAAGUAGUGGUUCAGGCCAAGAGCAGCAACUUAGCUCAUGGGGCCAGCAGCCUAGAACAGCCCCAGCUAGCGAGGGUAGUGGGGACAGCAACGAAAGUCAAUCUGGCCGUAGAGACAGGUCCUCCAGUACAGACUGUACCCCUUUGCUACCCCGGCAGGACCUGGACCCUCGGGUGCUGAGUAACACAGGUUGGGGACAGACUCCCAUCCGACAGCACACUGUAUGGGAGAUGGAAGAAGCUGCCUCUGAUGACGGGAAGAGCAAGAACAGAUCAGAAAUCAUGGGAGGCUCCAGCUCAAAUGGUGGACCAUCAUCCAUGAAUGGAGGCACCAUCAACCCAAAAACUGGCCCCAGUCAGAGACCUGGGUCUGGAGAAAAAAGUGACAGUGAAGGAUCAUCUUCCUCUGGCUGGAGAGCCCCUCCACCUCAGCCUAUCCAGACUGGAUCAGGAUGGGGGGACCCCCCACAGUCCCUCAGCAAAGCGCCAAAUGGCACUACCAGUGGCUGGGGGGACCCUAUGCCUACUAAUGGUCCAAGAAAUGGAGGCACACCAUCCUGGGGUUCUGAGGACAAGUCACCAGGUUGGGACGAUGGUGUGACGAAAAGUCAGCCUACCAACUGGGGAGAGGGCCCCAAAAGCUCCCAUGGAUGGGGAAACAGUAAUGGGGGCUCUAACGGCCCCAGCACAGGGGAGUGGGGCGAGUCUGAGGUCAAGAAGAAUGGAUCCUCCAGCAGUAUGUGGGAAGGAGAAGGAGGGAAUGGAGGAAAUGGUGGAUGGAAGGAAAGCCCCAGGGGAGGAAACAGAGGAGGAGGCUGGAGUAAGCCUGUUCCUACUGUGAGUAAUAACAGCUGGGGGGAGACCCCACGUGGCAAUGGCCCAGUGCAGGGAGGCUGGGGCUCAUCCAAGCCCCAGGAAAGCAGCAGCAGCAGCAGUAGUGGCAGCGGAGGAGGUGGAAGCAUGGGUUCAUGGGGUGGUCCUGGUACUGUGAAGCAGAACCCAUCAAGCUGGGGCAAUGGCAGCAAACAGGACCAGGGCAUGGAUCCCACAGGUUGGGAAGAGCCCUCCCCUCCCUCCAUCCGCAGGAAGAUGGAGAUUGACGAUGGAACGUCCACCUGGGGCGAUCCUGGCACCUACAACAAGACUGUCAACAUGUGGGAUCGCAACAAUCCCAAUAAUAACCCAGGCAACAGUGGCCCGACUCCCACUAAGAAUGGUGGAGUCAUUAUCCCCAACAAUAACAACAACAAUCACUCCGUUGGCCCUGGCAACAACAAUCACCAUCACACUCACCACAUGCACCACAUACCCCAUCAUGGCCAGCCCCCAACUCACCUGCAACACCAUGGAAACAACAAUGGAUCACCCAACAAUGGCAGCCAACAUCCAGGUGUGGGCCCCCAGGGUAGAGCCCAACUUGCCAACCCAGGUUGGGGAGAGCUUCCCAGUGUUCAACCCAAGUCUGAGCCUGCUUGGGGAGAGCCAGCAGCUCCAACAUCAGCUGUGGACAAUGGCACCUCUGCCUGGGGCAAGCCCUCAGGGGGAGUAGGAGGAUGGGGAGACGGUGGCCACGAGCCCUCUGGCCCCUAUGGCAGGGCCAACGGACCCACAGGUUCUGCACCCUGCAAGCCAGGCCCCAAACCUAUGCAAGAUGGCUGGGGAAAUGGAGGAGAGGAGAUGGGCAUGUCUACCGGCCAAUGGGACGCUGAGGAUGGGGACAUGUGGAACAGCCCCACCUCCCAGGAGAGCAGCUCUUCUUGCAACUCCUGGGGCAAUGGACCCAAGAAGGGCCCGAGCAAGGCCAAGAUGGGCAAGCCAGAUGAUGCUUGGAUCAUGAACCGUCUCAUCAAACAGCUCACUGACAUGGGCUUUCCAAGAGACCCUGCUGAGGAGGCUUUGAAGAGCAACAACAUGAACCUUGACCAGGCCAUGAGCGCCCUGUUGGAGAAGAAGACAGACCUGGACAAGCGGGGCAUGGGCAUGUCUGAUUACAGCAACGGCAUGAACAAGCCCAUGGUGUGUCGGCCCUCUGCACUCUCUAAAGACCCCUCCGAGCGCACCUCCUUUCUCGACAAGGAUGGUGUUCUGUCAGAUGAUGCCCCCCCAUCACCGUUUCUGCCUUCCCCCAGCCUGAAGCUCCCCCUGGCCAACAGUAGCCUUCCUGGGCAGGGUCUGGGACAGGGCAACCCGGGGCUGGCCAUGCAAAACUUGAACAACAGACAGAUACCCAGUGGAAUGUUUGGCAGUAGUGGAGCAGCACAAACCCGGGCCAUGCAGCAGCAGCCUCCUCAGCCACCAGUGCCACCUCUCAGCUCCUCCCAGCCUAGUCUACGUGCUCAAGUGCCUCAGUUUCUCUCCCCUCAGGUCCAAGCACAGCUCUUGCAGUUUGCAGCAAAAAACAUUGGUCUGAACCCUGCACUUUUAACCUCACCAAUAAACCCUCAACAAAUGACCCUAUUGUACCAACUUCAGCAACUGCAAAUGGCGUACCAGCGUUUACAAAUCCAGCAGCAGAUGAUGCAGGCGCAACGCAAUGUUUCCGGCCCCAUUAGACAACAAGAGCAGCAAGUUGCACGUACAAUCACCAACAUGCAGCAGCAGAUCCAGCAGCACCAGCGUCAGCUGUACCAAGCGCUGCUGAUGAAGCAGCAGCAACUUCCCUCUCAUUCCUCCUCUUCUUCCUCCUCCUCCGCUGGUAUGCAUCCCCCCGGUGGCCCUGCCGGAGGCCAUGGUUCCGGCAAAUCAACCCUGGACCCCUACACAGGCCCACACCAGGCUCCGGGCCUCUCCGACACACUGCACACCAAAGAGCCGCCAUCUUCGCCCAAUGCCUACAGCACCUACCCUCUCUCUGGACUGAAUCCAAACAUGAAUGUAAACUGCAUGGAGGUGGGGGGUUUGUCCCUGAAGGAGCCCCCUCAGCCCCAAUCCCGCCUGUCCCAGUGGACACACUCCAACUCCAUGGACAGCCUCUCUGGCAACUCCUCAAACAUGGAGAACAACCUCAAUAAGCACGGUGCCAUAUCUGCUGCCUCUUCACUGGGCCCCCCUGGGAAGCCGCCCCAGAUGGAGGACUCAUACAGCCCUUACAAUCUAAUGUCCAGCUCUGAGUCCCCCACCAGCCCCAUGGUGCCCCCAGACAGCUGGGGCCAGGGCAAGAGUCCCAAUGAGAAGAUCUCCAAUGGGACCAACAUUAACUGGCCCCCAGAGUUCUGCCCAGGUGUACCAUGGAAGGGCCUUCAGAACAUCGACCCUGAGAAUGACCCCAACAUGACCCCUGGCAGCGUCCCCAGCGGUCCCACCAUCAACACCAACAUCCAUGACGUCAAUCGAUACCUGCUGCGCGACAGGAAUGGAGGUAAACUGUCUGACAUGAAGUCCACCUGGUCCCCAGGGCCCAUCGCCCAGCCUCAAGGCUCUCUGUCCCACGAGCUGUGGAAAGUCCCUCAGGGGCCGCGCAGCAACGUAGCCCCUUCCCGGCCCCCGCCAGGCCUCACCAACAACAAGCCCGCUUCCACCUGGGGUGGCAACUCGCUGGGCCUGGCCCAAGGCUGGAGCAACUCUUACUCCUCUGAGGGAACCACCUGGAGUACUGACAGCUCCAACAGGACCAGCAGCUGGCUGGUGCUGAGGAAUCUCACCCCACAAAUUGAUGGUUCAACUCUGCGGACUCUGUGCAUGCAGCACGGCCCCCUGAUCACAUUCCACCUCAACCUCACCCAGGGGAAUGCCGUGGUGCGCUACAGCUCCAAGGACGAGGUCGCAAAGGCCCAGAAGUCUCUGCACAUGUGUGUGCUUGGAAACACCACCAUCCUGGCGGAGUUUGCAGGCGAGGAGGAUGUGAACCGCUUCUUUGCACAAGGCCAGUCACUGGGGGCUAACACCACUAGCUGGCAGGCCAACCCGGGAACCAAUCAAAACCGGAUGGGCGGGGCAGCACAGUCCCACGCUAUUGGCCAGUGGAGCAGCAGUGGCAAUGGAGGCAAGCCCAGCGGAGGUGACCACCUCCUGUGGGGCGGCGUGCCCCAGUACUCCAGCCUGUGGGGACCGCCGAGCGGAGAGGACGCCCGUGUGAUCGGGAGCCCCACCCCCAUCAACACCCUGCUGCCUCCAGAUCUGCUGAGUGGGGAGUCCAUGUAGGAUAAUGCCACGAUACACUAACCAACCAACCAACUCACCACCACCAUGUCAUGUAAGCCAUCGGUGGAGGGUGGGGUGGAAAAAAAAAUACAAAACAAAAAAAAAAAAAUUCAAUAUGAACUGGAGCAAAACCCAAGCAAAUCAUGUGGCGAUAAUCAGUAUCAAUUUGAACUGUUAUGAACUGUGAAUUGUGAAUCAGAAGGCCGGGGUCCCUACACCACAGACUGCAGGCUCCAGUCCUUCUGUUUUGCUUUUGUCCUUUUUUUGUUUGGUUUACCAUUUUUGGGGAAAAAAAGCAAGUUGUCUUUUUUUUCCUUUUGGUAUUUUUGAAAUGCAUCGUAUAAAAACAAACUGAAAUGAGACACAACACAAAGAAACCUUUUAAGUGUUUUUAGUUUUUCCAUAAGUAUACAUGACAUUCUGUGUGAAGUGUUUUUAGGAGAAGCAAUCAAAGCUGCCAUCUGAGACUUUCCUUUUCCCUCCAAAAAAAAAAAAAAUCAUCCCAAAAUAAGACUUAAAACGACCAUUCCCAGCAUGUCCAUGGCCAAUGAUGUGGUUCAAAGACCUUUACUAGUUCUGUUAACGUUUGUUUCUCAGCACUAAUAUUAGCCUUAAGUGCUCUCUGGCCCAGGUCCUUCCCAAGCCGCCUUUUUUAGUUUGUUUUUUAACUGAAGAAAUAGCUGAAAUCUUGCACAGUUUCACCUCUGAGCCAGCAAGUGGUACAGGACAUGACUGGUGACCAACUCUGUCACUGGGCAGUAAGAAGGCCUGACCACGUGACUGGCCCUACCAAUCAUCAGCUUAAUUACUUUCAUUUGUAUUCUCAAAGGGAUUGACACAGCUGUUAAUGUUCUUUUUUUGUAGUUCUAGACCCAAGCGCAUUUUUUUAUAUCUAUCACAACAUAUAAGCUGAGAGAAGAUUAUUUGUCAACUUCGCUGCGUGUUUCCGUACAUGUCUGUGUAUGUCCGGUGGCACCUAAUCAUUGACGUCUGCAAGCCCAGAUCUUUCUGGUCACCUUUAUCCCAGUCGCUUACUGGUGCUUUGUUGAAUUUUUUUUUGUUGUCGGAUUUGUUAUGAAGCCCAGCGAUCGCCAGUUUUCGGAGGAAAAAAGAACACAAUUUCACCUUCAUGUGACAGUUACAUUGUGCAAUAUACACUAUAGACCUUUCUUCCGUCCAUACCCUUAUGUCCACCGGAGCUGGUUUUUCUUUUUUUCUUUUUUGUGAUUGUUGCUGAUUGCAGCAAAAGACUUUGGAACUUCAAAAAAAACUUACCCCUUUUUCAAAACUUGGAUUCCCUCCAGGCUGCCAGUCCCCCUGAAACUGUUGGGAAAACUCUGCAAGGAGGAAGCUGUUGAACUGUGCAUGCAGCAAACUGUACUUGAGAGUGACACUGGGUACACAAUAAUGCACACUUCCUCUCUGCGUGCCACAGCCACACCCAACAGAGACUGAAUCCACAGCGGGGACUGGAUGGUUCUGGGUAUCUGGCACAAUACCAAAUAAGAGGGGUUUCUCCUAAUGCAGUAGACCUACGAGUGUUCCUUGCGUUUGGUACUGUACAAACAGAAGAGACUAAGACUUUUAUAAAUUCAAAGGGUUUUAUCAUAGCACUUAUGAAGAUCAAAUCGCUUCAACUGCAAUCCAAUAAAUCAAAAAAGGAGCAGCAUAAACAUUGAAAACAAAAAUACUGCUCUUUUAUGUACUAUAUCUAUUCCUUGGAAAUGUGUCUGGCGUUGUUCCUCUGGUAGCAGGAUGAAGGGAAACACAACUGAAAUGCACCAUUGGACUUUGGGGAAAAAAACUGCAGUCUACGAUUUUUUUUUCUUCUUUGAACAAUAUCAAAGUGAAUAUCACUGUUACUCCAAAUGUUUAGCCUUGUUCUGUUUGGAGGCACUAGACUUGCAACGUCAGCUGCCUCUGACACCCGCUGGCCAGUCAGUCAGUCAGUCGGUGGGUGAGUCGGAGUGGGGUUGGGGGUGGGGGAGUGUCCACUGAGUGCCUCUCUACUGUGGUCCUCCGGGUGUCAAGCGGCAGCCCCCACAGCGCAGCACUUCCUCCUGGGCUCCACUUGACCCUCCGUCAGUCUGGCAAGGAAAAGCAGCUCCUCCAAGACCAGCCAAUCACGGCUCUCCGCCACACACGGCAUCUCCAACGAGGGGUGGGUCGCCACCACUCGACCCCGUCGUCGUCCUGCCCUCUCCCCCAUCUCUCAGUUCUUUGACACAAAGAUCACUUUAGCUGGAAGAUGUAAUAGUCAUAUUUCUGGAAUUUUUGCCAGUGUACUUUUUAUUUUUUGGAAAAAAGAUCAUUUUGACUUUAUUUUUCUUUCAAUGCGUUAUAUUGUUAUUUUGUCUACAUGCAGUGGUCUACAAAAUACUGGCUGCUGAACUAGCCCUUCACUGUUCAUAUGCAGAAACACUUUGGUCAGAGGUGCCUCUGUAUGUUCAUCCUGUGUAUUGAAUGCAAAACGAGGAUCAAUACUACAGAGCGUUAUUGAUUGUCUAUUUGUUUUUAACUGAUCAUGCUUUUGUUUUUUGACAGUAUUCUGUAGUACUUCCAGGUAGUAUCUUGAGAUGAGUAAAACAAAAAAAUAGGGUGUCUCAGACGGGGGUGUGUGAGUGUGUCGCUCCAGGCUGCUCCGCCUGCCCGCAGGCUGUCCCCCUGUGCCCUUUGCCUAGCUGCUACGCUAUGACCUCCUCUCCUCCUCCACCUCAACCAGACCCAGUAGCCCUCCCCUGACCAGGCACCAACAGGCCCUCCUAUCUGUUUCUAUGCAAAAGACUAGAGGCUGGGGCCCUUUACAGCACGCCAAACCUGACUCGGGAAUGAGUACUCCUCCCCGAGCUUGACAAACGCGAACACUCGUCCCACGUGUGCUUCUGUCGGCACUUCAGAAUGGCCGCUGUUCCUGUUCCUGUAAAGUCGGGCUAAGCCACCAGAACACUGUCGAAUACUAAAGUCCGAACUCUUUAUCAAAAGGUCGGCCUUUCUCUCUGCGCUGAAGACACUUCUGUCCAGCUUGAUCUCAGGGUAGGGGAGUAGAUGAUACCAAGUAUGAGAUGCAGCUCUCCGUAUCUGUCCUUUCUACUGUGAGAGCAAAGUCUUAAAUUAAAAGGCGCAACAAUAUGUACGGACCUCAUGCCUCGAACUUAAUCCUAAUUGGAAGGGAAAAGGCUUGUAUUGAAUCCUUUUCUCAAAGGGUGGCCUAUUUCGGGGCCCAUUAUUGCGUGUAAAAGUUGCCAACGUAAUGUGCCAAUAUAAAUUUGCUGUGUCAUACUGUAUCUUUAUAAAGAGCACUUCUGUUCCCUGUUUGGAGGAGCUUUGAUAACCUUUGCAGAGGGUGCAGUGGGGGACAGGAGGCAUCAAACAAAUGGGCGGCAGCAGCACACCCUGAAAUGACUGAGAUUUUUUUUUUUUCUAUGCUUUUGUGGGGAAUGCCCCAUGCUAAGGAGAAAAUCUUUACUCAGUUGGGGGUUCCAGUUUGCUACAGUGCACAGUUGAUGAUGGGUAAUCCCGGGUACAUAUUUUUUUAAAACCAAAAAUGAAAUCGCAUUUUAACGUCAUUUUUAUGAAGUUUGACAUAAAAAUCUUAAAAAUGCUAAAAAAUCUAAGUGAAAAAAAAAAAGAUCUAUAAUAUGUUAAAAGCUCUGCACUUAUAGCUGAAACGUCUCCGGUCAUUAGCCUCUACUACCACCAUCUAAAGGAGUAGACUGGUGGCCGGGGUGCCUUUUUUGUGGAUGCUGUAUUUAUCUCGUUUUUAUGUUUGUGUCCUGCUCAAAGCGGGCCCACUGAACUGUACAUUUCCACAGACCCAGAUGGCUUGGGCCCACUGUAUCAGCCUCACUCUCCUCACUCUGCAUCAGCAGGAGGGGAGGGGCACAUUUCAAGAGGUACAAAGUCUUAAAAACGUUUUAAAAAAAGCUUAAAAAAUUUCUAAAAAAAUAAACAAGAAAACGGGAAAAGGCUACCUUUCAGGACUUGCAGUCCUGCAGCACACAAGCAAAAAUCACUAUUGCCUGUUUCUGUAACUGCCUUGAUCCAAGCUCAGACAGACCCAAUAGCCGAGGACCUCCCAGCAUCCUGUACUAACUGGAGAACCCUGACAGUGAAGGGGGUUUCCCAUGCUGCACCAGCAUCGAGAGGUUCUCCUCUCUACAGCUCUGUUCUAGAUAACAGUAUAUAUGUAUACACUACAUAUAUGUAUAUAUAUACUGUGAGUUCGGUGUGUGGUAUCACCUGUUCAGAUUUCUUGGAUCGUAACCUCUGAAACUUUUCAUUUUUGUUUGAAAGGUCUUGGUUUAAUACAACUGAAAAAUGAGCAAUAUGUAUUUUCCCCGCAAAUAAGUGAUACGAAGGAAAGAAUUUGGGUCGGGUGUAAACUGAUACUUGAUUGAUGGAAAGCUGCGUCUUUCUUAUACAGAGUUGGAUAUGCACGUUCUGGUUUUGAUGACAUAUUACAGUACUUUGAAGUGCUUGUACUGUAUAUAUGUGUAUUUGUUUGUUAAUUAGCUUGUCUAAAAGCCCAACCCAACCAGUCGAUAAAAAAAAAAAUCACAAACAUAUCAAAACAAGACAAAAUAUUGAACACAAAUACUUGAAUCAUGGAGCGCCAAUAAUGUAAUGUGAAGUCAGUAAUUCUUUUUUUGUUCUCUCCAUCUGACAGGUACACUUAGGGGCUUUUAGAGAAUAUUAAAAAUGUAUUGCAUUAAGUUACAAAUACAAAAUCUUUGAGAAAAAAAUGCAAAAGUCAUCUUAGAUGUGUGCUUGAAAGUCAGAUGUUUGUAUGAAUGUGUGCGCAAGAAACUGUGUGUGUACCAGGCACAUGGCCUGCUGUUAUGUUCCACUCAGUAUGUUAUAUUUUGUGUCUGUUUUUAUCCAUUUUUUGUUGUUGUUCUGUCAAAAACUAUUCUGAUAGACAUUGUUAUUAUCUUCUAACGUUGCACUGAGUGUCUUCUACCCCUCACUCAGCUAAUCGUAGAUAAACGAGUCUAAGUACGGAGGGGAGAUGGUGACAAUUCAUGUGUACAUGUUUACUCAAGGACUUAAUGGAUUUUUUUCAUUCUAUCUGUAAAAAGUUUAUCUACCUUAUAGUGGCUUUUAUUGUGGAAUAAUCCAAUACAAGGAUUAUCAUUGAGUAUUGCACCAUUUUGUUCCAACUAUACAAAAAAAAGAGAAAAAAAACUAAAAAAUGAUUUUAAAAAAACCUACAAAAAAACUACAAAAUAAAAAAGGGGAAAAAAAACAAAGAACUGUGGCCAUAGAUAGCUGUAGAAGGACUAGUAAUCCCUAUGUUAACUUCAUGGAGAAAUUGAAAGGGAUAAAGUGUGGGAGGUGAGUUUGUUACAAGACUCAUUUCAGAGGUGCCUAUCUUUUCUGUUUGUUUUUAAUUUUGCAAAAGCCACCUGUCGUUUACAAGCAUUUCAUUUGUCUGAAGUUCAAGAAAAUAGGAAUUUAUAACAGGAAUGUUGUAAAAAAGAAAAAAAAUCAUCUUCCAUCAAAUAUGGACAUGAAAAUCUUGCAAAAUGAAGAUUUAUGCUACUUUAAGAACUCUGGGAUUGAUCAGUGUUGUGUCAUAUUUCAAUUUUUUAAGUUCUCUUUCAGUGUCGACAGACUAUCUCUGUAUGUAUUGAGUUGUGAUUUUUAUGUUGUUUCCUGUAAGCGACGCAGUUUGCUCACUAUCUUGCACACUCAUAAAAAGAUGUGGAUUUUGUCUCAGGAAGGCCAGGGUUCCAGAUACCAACUCCAUAAUUUCUAGGUUUAAUGUUUGUGUGAAAAAAAAAAUAAGCAACUGAAAACAAUUAAACUCCAAGCAAGCACUGAAGGUCAUGAGUUUAACAGAGUAUAGAGAGUACCAUUGUUUCUUUAAAGCAACAACAAAAAAAGUUUGUAGCAAGUUAUAUAUUUACCAAAUAAGACUGAGAAUCAACUUUGAAAAAAGUGGAGUGCUUUACAUGUGAAAUCUAAGUAGAAUUGCUUUACAUUUAAACCGAUCAAUUGUUUGAUUGUCAAAAAGACAGUGACAGAAAAUGCAUUUGUAUUUUUUGACUUUAAAGUUUCCAUCCUGUUGUCCAGGAGCAUUGUGCAAGAAGUUUUUUGUUUUUGUUUUUGUUUUGUUUUUAAUCAUCUCUCCUGUCUGUUAACACGUCUGUUCCUGUGACAGCUAUUUCAGUAGUUGAGAGAUUUGUUAACAUGUAACAGAUGGUUUUCAGAGGCAGGUUUGAAGUAGAGGAAUAAAGCUGGUUUUUAAAGGAUCAUGAUCUAUGCACAAGUGGGAGGGAAGAGUCCAAACCCAGCUGCUGUACUGCGGGCGUUUGUCGACUCAGACUCUGGGGUUCAGGGUUCAAUGUAGGGUUGUAUUUGUUUUGUCUCUUGCUCAAAUUUCCUCCACUCUACGUCCCCCUUCCCUCCUCCUCCUCCUCCUUAUUAUCAUCUUCAUCUAAUGUUUUAGCAAAACUUUACAUUGCGUCGCCAUGCUGUGUAAUCCUUAACCAAUGAGCGCUUAUCCUUCUGCUAAAGCACUGUGGGUUGUACUGAAAAAAUAAAGCCCAUGACUUUUAAGGCUGUCGGUUUUUUAAAGGGGAGGAGGGUGGGUGGGGGAAUGGGGGUACUUUGCCUUUGCCUUUCUCUUUACUUUGAAAAAAAACAUUAAGGAAAAAUGUCUGUAACUGAAAUACAAAGUUGUGGCUUUUAAUGUUGUUCUUUUUUCUCCUCAUAGAAUGUGAUUGUUAAGGACAUGCACCGGAAAAAAAUGUUUCCAUGAAUUAUGGAGCUUCUUUCGGACUAUAUUAAUAAAUUACAAAUUUUCUUGGCUGUUA